CUGCGCUAAGAUUGGUUGGUGCAACGUCCUGUGCAUGUUGGCUCGGUGGCGGGCAACUCCAACACAGAUUAACCGCAGCGCGUUCGUCGCAAGUCUCCCAGCGUUCUUCAGCUCCAUUGAAUCCGCUGGCAGCAUGGCAGAUCGAAGCUUUCAACAACGAAAUGGUGGACGUCAUGGUGGACGAGGCGGUCGCGGCGGUGGUGGUCGUGGUGGCAGCUUUCGAGGUGGAGGACGUGGUCGCCACAACCGAGAUGGUGGGCGCGGUGGAGGGCGUGGCGGUGACGCAUGGUUCAAACAAGAAGGUUACAACGAUGGUGUGGCUAGCAGCGUAGACGAAGCCGACGUCGGCAUCAAGGUGUUUCGGAACGACGUGCCUGGCUUCAACGGGAUCGUCAAGCAGCGGUACUCGGAUUUCAUCGUGCGAGAGGUUGCCGUGGGCGGACGCGAGAUUGCCCAGCUUACGGACUUGGAGCUUCCCAAGGGCAAGUCGAAGAACCGCAGCAUUCACACGAUGCUGGCUGACUCGCUCCAAGAAUUCCUCGGCGUGUCGUUUGCAAAAUCCACGGCGACCAAACAUGCUCAGCAACACUCGAGCAGCACCACGGCCACGUCUAGCAAUACCGCGCCUUCGGGUCUAGAGACCGUCGUGGAUGCUCUGUCCAAGCGCCUCGUCGCCAUGUUUCUAGCCACCCGCGGCGACGGCAAGGCGUUGCAAGCCAAGAAGAAGUUGAAAACUCUCGUCACCAAGGUCGAAACCAUGUACGACGCCGAGGAAGCGAGUGCUUUGUCCGCUUUCUUGAACGAUAUUCAGAACGCCGAACAGGACAAAACGGAUCUCGAGCUGGUGUAUCACUUCCAACCGUGCAGCAGCAAGGAAGAGCGGACGGCACUCCACACGUUGAUCCGCGACCUUGGCAACGACUUGGUUGUUGCCGACACUGUCACGAGCCCGUCCGGUGAGCAGAUCGUUCGGCUGCGACCGCUCAAGCUCAAUGGCUCGAAGCGCAAGGACGUGGAUCAGCGUGGGUCAAAGGAGCAGCCGUGGCCCCACAACCGCCCCAACUACCUCAAAUUCAUCCUGUUCAAGAAGAACAAGGAAACCGUCGACGCGAUGCAGCACAUGGCGAAGCUCCUCCACAUGAACUCGACCACGUUCAGCUACGCCGGCACCAAGGACAAGCGCGGGCUCACGUCGCAGUGGGUGACCGCCUACCGCGUCCCACGUGAGACCGUCGCCCGCAUCAACGCCAACAAAAACUUCAAGGACUACGACGCGUAUCCGUUCUUGGUUGGCAACUUCACGUACGUAUCGGAGCCGCUCGUGCUCGGAGACCUCGACGGCAACCAGUUUUCGAUGGUCCUGCGCAACAUCCCGGCGGGUGUAUCGGAUGCCCAGGUGGAUGCCGCGGUCGCCGCGUGGUCCACACACGGAUUUGUCAACUACUUUGGUCUCCAACGCUUUGGCACCAAAUCGAUUCCGUCUCACAUCGUCGGGCGCGCGCUGCUCCGCAAGGACUACAAACUCGCGACGGAUUUAAUCCUCCUUCCCAAGGUAGGCGACGCGACCAAGAUCAAAGAAGCGCGCCAGCACUUUCAAACGUACAAAGAUGUGUCGGCGGCCCUGCGCAUGUUUCCGCCGUUUUUGAUCGCGGAAAUCGCUGUCCUGGAAGGGUUCCAGCGCCACGGGCUAGACGAACACCACCGCGCGAUUCAAAACAUUCCGCCGAAGCUGCGCAUGAUAUACACGCAUGCGUACCAGAGCUACAUUUGGAACGAAGCGGCGAGCUUUCGCUUGACAAAGUAUUCGACGACCCAUCCCGUUGUGGGCGACAUGGUCGUCCGGGGAUCGGUCGCGCCGAGUUUACAAGUCGAAGACCUCGAGGAAGACUCGGCGGCAGCCGAUCCCACGGACGCGCCACCGCAAAAGAAGCGCCAACGUGUCAUGGAAAGCGACAUCGUGUUCAUCACGGAAGAGAAUGUGGCCGAGUACACAAUCGAGGAUGUCGUGUUGCCCGUGCAUGGAUACAACACGCUCUUGCCCAAGAACGACGUCGCCAACGUGUACGAGCGAUGCGCAAAGGAAGACGGCGUCGACUUUGCUAGCCUCAAGCGCAACCAAAGCCCAGAGUACAACCUGCCUGGGUCGUACCGCCACGUUGUGGGCAAACCCAAGGCGGUGGCACACUGUAUCAAGCGAUAUGAUGACGAGACGAUCCCGCUUGUCGAGUCGGACGUUGAUCGGCUCAUGCAUCGCACCGUUGCCGCCUCCAUCCCCGACGGAAAAUUCCGUGCCAUUUGUCUCGAGUUUAUCCUCCAAUCGUCCAGUUACGCCACGAUCGCGAUCCGCGAACUCCUCAAGCAAAACUCAAGCAUCCAUGUGCAGCUCGCGUUGAACGAACAGGGCGCGGGCCAGCCGAUGGACACAACGGUGAAAACAACCACGUCCAAGUCGAUUCCGAUCGGCCGACCAGGAUUUAGCUUAAACCACAGAUAAAGAAGACGACUGCACCCCCAUGUGCGCUCGUUAGUCGUUGUGGGCCUGGCCUGCCAACACUUGGCGACUCAAGC